CUGCAUACAAGAAAAGAAGGAAAACUGUUCUUCAAACACCCAUUUCAUCAAUUUUCGCAGCCAUACAGAAGACUAGGAAAGAUAAAAGCGUCUCACAUAACGGCCCUGCCAUUGCAGGCGCUUCCACAGGAACGGAAGCUCAUCUUCUCAGUACAGCGGCACAUUGAUUGUGAUCAGGGAAAGAGGUGGAGAUGGGGGGUUAAUGAGGGACGGCAGUUCUUUGGGAAUGUCAACCGUGAUCAACAUCAAACAGCUUCAACGUAAGUGAUUGUAUAUCUAUAUCUCUUUUUCUUGUUUUGGGAAGAUGAGUUGAUGUCACCGCCAAAUUUUGGUCUCGACUGUGAAGUUUUUUAAUGUGAAACUUUUGAUUGCAUGCGGUUUUAACAAGUAAGAAUGGGGAUGGAUGAGUGAGUGCUUUGCCCGGCACUUCUCACUCUUGUUUUCUCCUGGUUUUUUGGUUUCUAGUCAUGUUUUGACCGCAUGUACUCUUAUUCCUAUGUAUUAUAUACCACAGAGGUGACAAAGGAGACGUCUUUUCUUCCUAGCUUAAAUGACACCCAAAAAUACAGUAGGGAGGUAGCC